CAGCGGCCGCGGCUGACGGGCAGGCGCCGAGCCGCGACACACCGCCGCUCGUGGAGCCGCGCAGCCAAUGGCGGCGGGACGCGGCCGCGGCGCCAAUCCGGAACGCCGCAGUGGGUGGGGCCCCGUUCAAACGCGGCGGCGGCGGCAGGAGGCGACGGGCGCUGCCGGUCUCGUCUCUCGCAACUGCUCUACCUUGCUCUGUCUAAUUCUUGCUCUCAUUCUUGUUGUUUUCGAAAUAAAGUUGACCAAGAACUGGAACAAGAUGGUAUCUGUGCUCCAAAAUGUCAAGGCAACAAUGGCCUGGCGGAAACACCAGCUCCUACCUGGCUUUGAUGAGAAUGAUAGCCCCGUACCUGACAAAUUCAAGAGGAGGACUUCUUUGAGUUCUCUCAAUACGAUCCGCAUGUCUCUAAGGAAGCGAGUACCGCUGAAGCACAUAGAGCUGAAUUUUCCUGAGACCUCUGCUUGGGAAAGUCUGGAAAUGAGACAAAAAAGCCAAACUCUUCAGCGUAUUAAAAGAACAGCAAAAAAUGCUUUCGGAACAGUAUCCCAGAAAAUUCAGAAGUCUUGCCAAAGCCCAGUACACUCGAUGAUGACCUUUCCAGAUGAAUCUAUCAGCAGAAGCCAUGCAACCAAUUCUACCAAGAAAAGAUGCACUACACCUCAAACCCCGUGCUGUAAGAAGAAUGUUACUCCAACAGCCAGAUCCAAAGGCACCCCAAGAUCCAUCAGAAGAGCCUUGCUUGGGCCAACAAGGGUGUCAGAAGAUAGGGGUCUCUCAUCCUGGCUUGCUAAAGAUGCUGUCUCUCUCCGGAGAUCAAGAAGAGUGGCAGCUCUAAAGAGCCCUUACUCAGCACCUGCUCCUGCCAACAGCGAGGCAGAGCUUGACUGUUCAUUGGAGUUGGUCUCUUCAGGGAUUUCCCAAUUGAAGCAUAUCUCCCAGGCAUUUGAUGAUGCCAUUGUGCAAGAAGAAAGGCACCACGCAAUAUCAGGCUAUUACUAUCUAACGGCACAAAACUUACAGUCAGCGCAUCAAUCUCAGAAACUUUUUCAAGCUAUUGGAAGGUGUGCAAAGAAAGUCCAUCGAGCACUUGGGACCUAGACAGAGAUGGCUGUAUUAGUUUAUGAGCACAUAUAAAGGAGAGCUCUGUGUAGCCCUUGAAAGGAUAAACUCUAUACAUUGAACAACCCGUUACCUUUUAUAAACUGGUUUGACAAAGCAGCUCAGGAUUUCCCUUCCCUUGCCUUCUCUUAAGUGAGAAUCAGAAUUGUACCUCCUGCUGAGAUGAUGGACCAUCUUGAAUGUGACUUUCGUAAGGCAGGAAGUACUCUGAAAUUUAGGUUGAACUGACCAGUAGGAAUGGUCAGAGCAAGGCCCAUGGAGUUAUGAAGGGUGAUCAUCGGUAAUUCUAGUAUUUAGACUGGUAUCCAAUUACCACAAGUUUUAGUAUGGGUGCUUUGCAUACUGAUGCAUUAUUUUGAAAGCAUAACUAUUUUUUUUCUGUAUAUGAAAAAAACCCCGAAGCAUCAUGUUUAACUGGAAGUUAAUGAAACAGUAGUGGCUUGUUUGAGUUCUGACCACAACUGCUGUCCCAAGGCAUGAAGUUUCUGUAAGAGUCACAGACACCACAAGAAGAACCACACUAAGACUCUUAAAUCAUGGCCUUAAGGAUUGCUAUUACAUUAUUCUAACUAGUCCUAUCCUAAGUAUGUGGGUUCCAAACAAAUCAGAUAAUAUCAUUACAUCAUUUCUUGCAGCUGCUUUAAAUGUCAUCUUGGCAGACAAGUUAAACAUUGCUUUUGCACUACAAGAUCUGCCCUUUAGUUCUAGGUCACCUUGUAGCCCUUGUUGAGGCCCACGACCAUGGGGUAGCAAAUAGCUAUGUUUUUGGUUAUUACAAUAAUGUAACCUCUUACAGCUGCUCUUAUUAGCUAAUAUCAAAGUGCAGGUAUUUUAUUUGAUGAAGCAUACUAAGAAUUUGAUACUUGCGUUUUGUUUCUAAUUACUUUUUUAAGUCAUGUUCAUUUGACAAGCCUUUUUUGGUAGGCGAUUCAGUUUAACAACUUUAGUCUUUCAAACUGAAGCGAAGAUUUCUCAAGCUUCUAGAAUUCAACACCAGGGCUGCUUUCCACAGUAGCAACUUUGUGCAGGCUUUUCAGACUACGUUCACUCUAAGAUGAACCUUCAAACAAAAGACUGAUUUGGGAAACUUUGCUCUACUUGAUAAUUUUUAAGGUGCACAUGUAAUUUACUAAAACUUGGAAGUACUAAAAUUUUAAUGGCAUGAAGUAUAAAUAUGGGAAGCAGUCAUGUUCAAUUCUGACUUAUGUGUAAGUAUUGAUAUUAAACUCAUUAUUUUUUCUUGUCAAACUAGAUUGUUUAUUUUAAAAUACCAAACUAGUUAAUGAGGCCUGAAAACACGAAAAUCACCCGUCUUUCAGGUUUCAAAUGAUUGAGAGCUUUAGCUUGUGUUGUUUCUUGAUAUAGCUUUUGUGUAGUGGUUUUGAGGGUUUUUUUUAACCACCUUUCUAUACAGAAGAGUAGCUUGAAGGUUAUUCUUUGCAUGUACUGAAACUACUUACAUAGAGCCUUCACAAAGAUGGUGUGUCACUAUGUGACUUUUCAAAAGGAAAAAGGAUUGGAGCUUUGUAAAAAGCCAGCUUCCAAUUAUUAAGUAUUAUUUCAAACAGGUAUAUUAAACAGCUUCUAUUAAUACUGUUUCCACUGUCUACUAGGAUAUGUACAAUUAUGAUCUAAUACUUCCAACAUCACUGGUAAGAAACAUCAGUGACACUAUUUGCUUAAAGGCAAGGAAGGUUUUAUUUAAAUGUCUAAUCUGUUAUAAGAUUUUAAAAACCAGCUCACAUCAAAAUCUAUACCAGUUGUAGAAAUCUUAUUCCUUAUUUCAUAUUAAGAAAUUAAUUAUUGUACAUUUUUAAUCUUUACAAGGCAGCCAUAAUAAAUAGAAACAUUUGUCACCAGAUAGAACCUUCUCACUGACAAUAUUUAAAAGUAUGCACUUAAUAAAACUAUAGACUGA